CUACUCGAGAGCUACGUCGGCAAAGUAGUGCCUAGGGAAGCUUGGGCUCAUAGCCUUAGAUGCAUCAGUAACAGUAGAUGGUGCUCUAGACUGCGAGGAUACGCUCUUCGUCUCCCCAGGGGUAACGCGGGAGUACGUAGCCGGGUCCUUGGUUCCCGAGGCGUAGCCACCAGAACCACCACCCACAGUACCAGAUGCAAAGUGUAUAAACGUAGACACAUUACGUGUAGCCUUGCACAUAGAUAUAAUAGAAUCAGACAGCGUAGUAAGCAUCUGAAGGGCUAUCUCCUUAGGUAUCACAUCGCUUUCAGCAUUGCUCUCAAGCAUAGCCACAAACUCCGAGUAGCUGCUAGCCACCUUACGCCCAUGCAUAUCAAUGCUAUUAAGAUCCUUCACCAAAUUAUCUCUCUCCUUCUCCCUGGCAGCAUCCUGUGCCUUGCGGCUGGCCAUGAUUAUAGUAUAAAGCCCGCGACAGAAGGAUGUCCUACCGAGUGUACACUCGGGC